CGCGUGUGUGCGCGCGCGGAGGAGCGGGGCCGCGGCCGGUGCCACCGGCGCCUCCCCCGCCCUCCCUUCCCCCUCCCUCACCCCGAGCAUCGAUCCGCGACCCCCCCGUUUUUUUUUUUUGUUUUUUUUUUCCCCUUUCCUUCCCCCCCCCCCCCCCCCCGCCCCGUUCCCCCGCAGCCGGGCGGGGGAGGAGGAUGGAAACACCCUUCUACCAUGAUGAUGUGUUGAGCGGCCUCGGCAGCGGCUUCGCCCCGUCCUCCGGCAGCAGCCGGCUCCUCCUGCCCUUCCCCGGCGGCAGCAUGAUGAAGAAGGACGCGCUCGGCCUGGCGCUGCCCGAGCAGGUGGCGGCGGCGCUGAAAGCACCGGGAGCAACGGCGGCGGCGGCGGCCGCGAGCACGGCGGGAGGCGAAGCGGCGGCCGCCGCCGGGCUGCUGGGCUCGGCCGAGCUGGGGCUGCUGAAGCUGGCGUCUCCCGAGCUGGAGCGGCUCAUCAUCCAGUCCAACGGGCUGGUGACCACCACGCCGACCAGCGGGCAGUUCCUCUACCCCAAGGCGGCCGCCUCCGAGGAGCAGGAGUUCGCCGAGGGCUUCGUCAAGGCGCUGGAGGACUUGCACAAGCAGAACCAGCUGGGCGGCGGCGGCGGCACCGGAUCCGCCGGGGGAGCGGCGGCGGUGGCGGCGGCGGGCGGCGGAGGGAGCGGUGGCGGCGGCGGAGGAGCCGGCGAGCUGCCCGCCGCCGGCCUGGCCCCGGAGCCCCCGGUGUACGCCAACCUCAGCAGCUACCCGGCCGUCAGCUACGCCGCCGAGCCCGGCCCGUUCGCCGCCCCGCCGCCCCGGCUGCCGCCUCCGCCGCCGCUGAAGGACGAGCCGCAGAUCGUGCCCGAGGUGCCGAGCUUCGGCGAGAGCCCGCCGCUGUCGCCCAUCGACAUGGACACGCAGGAGCGCAUCAAGGCGGAGCGGAAGCGGCUGCGGAACCGCAUCGCCGCCUCCAAGUGCCGCAAGAGGAAGCUGGAGCGCAUCUCGCGCCUGGAGGAGAAGGUGAAGAGCCUCAAGAGCCAGAACACGGAGCUGGCCUCGACCGCCAGCCUGCUCCGCGAGCAGGUGGCACAGCUCAAGCAGAAGGUGCUCAGCCACGUCAACAGCGGCUGCCAGCUCCUGCCGCAGCACCAGCACCAGGUGCCGGCCUACUGAGCCCGGUGCGGCACGGGCACGGACACCAGGGACGCCCCUGGGACACCGGGGACGCUCCCGGGACCCCACCGGGACCCCCGCGGACUGAGGGGAGAAGCCGGGGAGAACCUGGGGGGGGGGCCGCCCCGCCAUGGACUGAGGGGACCGAUGGACUGAGGAGUCCCCGCAUGGACUGAGGGGCUCCGGGGGGUGCCCCGUUUUCUUUAAAAAAAAAAAAAAACAAAAAAACAAAACCCGAGAGAACUGAGGGGGGCCUCGGAUCGGUACCGGGGUGAGGACUGAGAGCGGGGCCCCCGGUUGCCCCGUGAGGCCUUGGCCCCGCCGCGGGCCCCGCGUCCGCCACAUUCCAGUGAGGCCCCAGUAAAGCUCGGCGCCGGA